AUGCCGGUCAUCGGCAGCGUUGCCAACUGGUAUAUUUUAAUACCAGAUCUCACAAGUCUGAGUCGCGUGGCGCCGUUGUACAUUUUCUGGUACCACAACUCGCGCAUGAUCAACUACGACCAGGAGCGCGGUGGGGUGGUCGUUCACAUGGAAACGGAGCCUCGCGUCAUGUCGCGUCUCACCAUCGCCGACGCCCGACCCUCAGACUCCGGCAACUACACAUGCGACGCAGAAAACACAGAAGCUGCCAGCAUCACUGUAUACAUCACUCAAGGCAACAAAAUUGCUGCAAUUCAGCCCAGGGACGUGAAUCACAGCUCGCUCCUACAGAGUUCAGCUGGAAUAAUUUUUGUAACCGCAAUUUUCGAGCAUUUGCUUCACACGAUUUUUAUAUGCAGACGUUUUAUGAAUAUUCCAAGCUUGAUACCUUUGCCUGAUUAGAUUGAACACGCUUCUAUCACCAACUGCAUUUAUUAAUUCCAGAUGGCAGAGAUUCUCGGUGAAUAACCUAGAUGUUUGAUGGUAAAUCAUGUAAGAUGUUAUACUGCAAUUUCCAAAUUUAUAAUUUCCGAAACCUUGCAAGGAAGUUUUGUGUUGUGAAUAUAAUUCACUGUGCAUUGUUCAAUUUUCAUUUUUCUAAAAAUUUUUGCGCUGAUGAUUCCA